AUGUUGAGAAAGAAACAGAAACAGAAACCGGAGAAAGCGAAUACUGAGGAUGAAGCCUCGAAGAGUAUAGGACAGACUCCAAAUGAAAAACUGCCCAUUCAGACCUUUGAUAAAUACCAGUGCUCAGGGGAUGUGGAGAUAGACUUUCCUCAGCUUUGUGCUCUUCUUGACAUAAAAGAUAUUCCAGCUGUCAGUACCAAGCAACGAGGUGCAUCCAACACUGAAACUGAAGGAGCAGAACCCAGUAAGAAAGAACUGAUCUUAAUCUUUUUAACUUUACUGGCAAAAGGGACAAGCAAAUGCACACUGAUUGCUGCGUCUCCUUGGUUUAAGCCACGCCUUCACGUGGAGCUGGACAAUGAAGACAACCUCAGUGCCAAAAACCUGAAGAUUUAUGGAUGGAAGGUUGAUGAGCAGAUAGCCAGGGUGCUAGAGAAGAUGCUGCCCUCCUUAAGCAGACUACAGAACCUUCAGUUUUGGCAGGCUGGGCUGACAGAUGAAACAGUAUUAUCCCUCUUGAACACAAUAUCACUGUGUUCCAACCUCAGUUCUGUGACACUUGAAGGCAACCCUCUACCAGAGCAGAGCUUCCACCUCCUUCUCUCUGAGGACAGCCUUCUGACUCACUUGUCCUUGAGGAAUAAUCGUAUUGGGGACGAGGGUGCUCGCCUGAUUGGGUCUGCUCUCUCAACAACCAGAUCAGCCAACAAAAACCUGCUCUCACUUAAUCUGUCCUUUAAUUCCAUCGGUGAUGCAGGUGCUGCACAUAUUGCACAGGGUCUGCGUCUGAACCGCGCCCUGCUCUUCCUCUCACUGUCCAACAAUCAGAUUGGAGACACUGGAGCUGCUCAUCUGGCUACAACUCUGGAUAAGUUUGCUUUAACACAUGAAGAAGUUGUGGAGAGGAGAAAGCUGCUUCUAGAGAGAGCACAGUCUUCAACUGUUGAGGUUGACUUGGACCAAUCACCUCCUGACCAGCUUCCUUCAGUCCCCAGUAGCUCCUCACUCAGCGGCAGCAAAGGCAAAAAAAAGGAGGCACUGAAAAAAGCUGAGAAACCAGUGUCCACCAAAGAAAACCCAAAGCCUAACAAGAAACCCACAGAGGUAAAGGUGCCUCAAAGUAAAGGCGGCAAGCUUGGGGGGAAAGAGAGACAACAGCCUGCAAGAGAGCAGGAUGGAUGUAAUAUAAGCCUGACUGAGCAGCAGGUGGAGGAAAUGGUGAGUCCCCUGCUGGAUCAAUCAGCACAAUGCAGGAAUGGAGAAAUUAUUCUGCCUGGAAACACAACUCUCACCUCACUCAACCUGGCAGGAAACAGAAUCACGGAGGAAUCACUGCCUCUCUUUCUGAAAUCACUGCAGAUGCAGGGUCAUGGAGGAGGAGGAGGUCUGCUUCGUCUGUGUCUGCAGAGAAACUGCUUCCCUUCAGACUGUGAGUGUUAUGUGAAAAUACAAGAACUGAUGAAACUUGCUGAUCCGCUUGAAAAAAGCAAUUCUGAACUGACAGAAGAGGAGAGACAGGGUGCCUAA